UCAUUCCGCUUGCGCUAUCGGCUUAGAAACGCGACAUAAACAACAUUCUCCAUUUUUAUUGUAUCCAUUUAGUUAGCUAGUAUUAUUUAAAGGAAUCUGUUUAUGGUGAGAUAAACAAUGUCCAUGCCGGAUACCUGAGAGACAAACUCACUUUGGCAUAAAAAACAUUGGGAAUUUAUAUUCGCGGAAUUCAAAUACAGAUAGGUAGAGAAGGAUAAUUUGUAGCAAUGACAUUGAACGAAAGUGACGCACACAAGCAACUGGAAUUGACGCGCAACUUCCUAGAGCUCUCCCGCAAUGAAGACACCUGUUCGGCCCUACGUAGCUCUGAUUGCAUUCAACUAUUGGUGCAGAUCCUUCAUGGCAAUGACGAGGGUUUGGCCACCGCCAGAAAAUAUGCCGGCCAAGCUCUACAUAACAUCGUACGGAGCAAUGAACGAGAAGUGAAGGUACUUCGGCUGCUGGACCAACUUCUUGACUACUCCAAUUUUCUAAGGACGCAGCUGCAAAGUGGUGGAGAGGCCAUUGCCGAUGAUAUAGAUCGGCAUCCCUUGGCGUCUGUGAAACUGCUAAUGAAGGCCAGUUUCGACGAAGAGCAUCGGCAAAUCAUGUGCGAACUGGGGGCUCUAAAGGCUAUUCCAAAUCUAGUCCAUUUGGACCAUGCAGUACAUGGACCGGCCGCCCGUGAGCAAUGCAAUUCGUUAAGGAGCUAUGCUCUGAUGUCCUUGACGAAUCUCACUUUUGGCGAUGAGAAUGUGCACAACAAGUCGUAUUUGUGUGGCCAGAGACCGUUUAUGGAGGUGCUUAUUGCCCAGUUGCAUACAGCGCCGGAUGAGCUCUUACAGAUUGUUGCUGGCGUUUUGCGUAAUCUUUCCUGGCGCGCCGACAAGCAUAUGAAGACUAUUUUCAAUGAACUUGGAACAGUGACUGCUUUGGCACGGGCUUCUAUGCAGAAUAAGAACGAGAAUACAUUAAAGGCCAUCCUAUCUGCACUGUGGAAUCUCUCGGCCCAUUGCAGCACAAACAAGGCGGAGUACUGCGCCGUCGAUGGAGCGUUAGCUUUUCUUGUUGAAAUGCUGAGCUACGAGGGUCCGAGUAAGACCCUCAAAAUAAUCGAAAACGCAGGUGGUAUCCUUCGUAAUGUUUCCAGUCACAUAGCUGUAUGCGAAAGCUACCGACAGAUCCUUCGGCAGCAUAAUUGCUUAUCGAUCCUGCUGCAGCAACUGAAAUCGGAGAGCCUAACUGUCGUGAGCAAUGCCUGCGGAACGCUAUGGAACCUCUCGGCUCGCUGUCCUGUGGAUCAACAGUUUCUCAUAGACCACAAUGCCAUACCGCUACUACGGUCCCUCAUUUCUUCGAAGAAUGCCAUGAUUGCCGAGGGCAGCGCUUCGGCUUUGAAGAAUUUGGUAAACUAUCGAGCUUCCUUGGAACUAUUGUCUUCUGCUGAUAAUACUUCCCUGGAGAAGGAGUCGAACGGGCAUGCGGGAACACUACCGCGGCGGUACAGCUCCAUGCGGUUGAGCUCCAAUCCUACGGGUUCCUUAAAGAAAGUUCGACCCACCACAGUGACCACUGGCACCCAAGGGUUGUUGCCACGAAAAUGUGAAAGUCGCGAAUCGAUAUACUCGGGUAAAUCGGACUCAACAAAAUACUCUAGCAAGUCUGACGGGUGUAAGAGUCAUUUUGAGAUGGUCACACCAACAGAAGAGCAGCCAAUUGACUACUCAAUGAAAUAUGUAGAGCAUAAGGCACCUCCAACCACUGCAAAACGCUUUGAAAUCGACUUGGAUCAGCCGACAGAUUUCAGUGCUCGUUACAAGGAAAUUAGACCUGCUCAGCUUCCACAAAUUACUCCUGCUGAGAAUGAGUUGCCAUUGGGCAAGACAACCUCUGCUUCAGAGCUGAGAAAAGAGAAGGGAAUAAUUGUAGAUCCUGCAUCAAAGCAACAACGACUUACACCCGAAGCUGAGACAGAACCAGGAGAGCGUCCUAUCAACUACUGCGAGGAAGGGACACCCGGUAGCUUCAGUCGUUUCGAUUCCCUAAAUAGUUUGACCGACAAGACUGAAAAGCCUGACCCAAACAAAACACCUGUGAAACCAGCUCCACCUCCGGCACCAGCUUUAAUCACGGACUCGGCCCUGGAAACUCCCCUAAUGUUUUCGCGAAGAAGUUCCAUGGACUCGUUGGUGGGGAAUGGAGAGGAUGACGACACCAUUGCCUGUGAUGACAACGGUUCGGUUAUCAGUGAGUAUAGUCGGAUGCAAAGCGGUGUUAUAUCGCCCUCAGAGCUGCCGGAUUCUCCAACUCAAAGUAUGCCACAAUCGCCGAAGCGAGAAUCGAAGCACACCAAAUCAGAACUCCAUGGACAGCAAGAGGAAAUAAAAACAAAUAGCAAUGUAUUCGCGGAUAAACUUAACAGAUUUCACGAGGAAACCACGCCAGCUGUGUUUUCGUGCGCCACCAGCUUAAGUAAUCUAAGCAUAUUGGACGAUCAGAAUGCGAAUCUUUGUCGAGUACAACCUAUCGGCAAUGACAUCAAUGGCAACAAUGGAGAUGCCCCUCGCAGCUACUUCACAGAAGAUACGCCGGCAUUGCUUUCAAAGGCGGCCAGUAAUAGUGAUCUGUCCACUUUGUCUAUUGCUAAUGCCGAGGAUCAAGAACAGCCUCCGCUGCCAGCUCGGGCCAGACCAGAGGAUCCCAUUGCAAAGAUGCGUUGUGGUGGCACCGGGCCCCUGCCCAGCUACCUGCCCGUAACAGAUGAGAUGAGCAAAUACUAUGUAGAGGACAGUCCUUGUGCCUUCUCCGUGAUAUCUGGCUUAUCUAAUUUAACCGUGGGCUCCGCCAAAGUGGGGCCAGCUCUCAAAUUGCCACCACGAAUGGCUGAGCAGGCGCCUAAGUUGCCACCUCGACGCACUGCAUCGCAAGCUGAUGUUGUAGAGCCACGCCUUCCGCCCAAGCGCAGUGAUUCACUCAGUUCACUCUCAAUGGAUUCGGAUGAGGACUGUAAUUUACUAAGUCAAGCUAUCGCAGCCGGUAGUUGCCGGCUGCCACCAAGUGGAGCAAGCACUAGCAACACCAGCACCAAUACCAAUCUCAGCAUUUUGCCCAAGCUAAAUGGACAACGAAGGCAGACAGUUAAUGGAACUAAAGCUGAAUACAGCUCCGAUGACUCUUUGGACGAGGAUGAUGAUGGCGAGUCCAAGUCGCUGUUCGAACAGUGUAUAUUAAGUGGCAUGCACAAAUCGAAUGACACUCUAGAGAUGGACAACGAAAGGCAAACCCCGCCGCCGCCACCUCCGCUCCCUGCAGCGACACAGUUAGGAACAGGGCAAAGCUCCCGGGAUCGUUUUGUUAGCAAUCAGGUUAAGCAAAUUGAAUCGAUUCUCGCCGGACGGCCUUCCUCCUCUACUCUUAGUUCUAACAAUAGCAGCAGCAGUCGAUUACCUGCCCAUUGGGUGUAAUUCGAUCUAAUUUAAUUUUUAAUCUAUGCGGUAAUAUUCUUACGGUCUCAAUUUUCCUAUAGUUCAGAUUAAAAAUUUGCGCUUAAAUUUAACAA